CUCUCUCUCUCUCUCUAAAAACCGGAGACAAAUAAACAAACGUCUGCGAGAAGUUAUCAGAAAUUAACAAUGGCGACGAAUAUCGGAAUGAUGGACGGAGCGUACUUCGUCGGCCGAUCAGAGAUUCUGUCGUGGAUCAACUCUACUCUUCAGCUCAGUCUCUCCAAAGUAGAGGAGGCGUGUUCCGGUGCGGUCCAUUGUCAGUUAAUGGACGCGGCUCAUCCAGGGAUGGUACCGAUGCAUAAAGUGAAUUUCGACGCUAAAAGUGAAUACGAAAUGAUCCAGAAUUAUAAGGUUCUUCAAGAUGUUUUCAACAAACUCAAGAUCACUAAGUAUAUUGAAGUGAAUAAGCUGAUAAAAGGAAGACCGCUUGAUAAUUUGGAGUUCAUGCAGUGGAUGAAGCGUUACUGUGACUCUGUUAAUGGUGGCUCUGUCAAUUACAACCCACUGGAAAGGAGAGAAUCUUGCAAGGGAGGAAAAGAAGUAGCCAAGAAAUGUCAAUCAUCUCAAUCUUCAGUUAAAGGUUCAAAUGCUGCCCCUAAAGCACCAUCUUCUCAUAAUGCGCGGAGGCAUGAUGUGUCGUCUGCGAAUCUUACAACUCAUUCUGUUAAGGCUGCUUCUAAACCACCACCGCCACCACCUCCUAGUGCAGUACCUGCAUAUGAUGAGCAGAUUACAGAAUUGAAGCUGUCUGUUGAUAGUCUUGAGAAGGAGAGGGAUUUCUAUUUUGGGAAGCUGAGAGAUAUCGAGAUUUUGUGCCAGAAUCCUGAGAUCGACAACCUUCCUGCUGUUGCAGCAAUCAAAAGAAUACUAUAUGCUGUAGAUGAUAACGCAUCGGUUGUCGCAGAAGCUCAAGCCAUGCUUCACCAGAAUGAAGAAAUUCUGCUGAGCCCCAUCCCGGAGGUAUCGUCGGAGGAAAGGAUGAAUUCUGAUACUCAAAAGAGAAAAAGCAUAGUGAACUUGGACGUUGAAGCGAUCGGUAUCUCAGCUUUAUCUCCCCGGCAAAGGAUUUCUGAUGCUGCUGAUGUUCAUUGCAGUGGGUCACCUCUUAUGACUUGCUGAUUAGUAAUAUAGAUGUAGUCAGAAUCUAAACCUGAUAUUACCAAACAGUUGAGUUGUCUUCAAACAUAUUUCUUUUUUUAUAGCUAAAAUUUCAUGUGGUAUUAUGUUACAUAUGCGACAACAACUAAUGGCCGGUUACAUGUCUGCUUAUGUUGUACUUUCAUUUGAAGAAGAAAUAGUACUAGUGUUCUAUAA